AAUACCUCGUUGCUCCCUCCCGAAACCUUCACCCUCUCCCAGCUCGUACUCGCUGGUUUCAAUUGAGUUUAUGCUAGAUAAUUUCCGCCUAAGAGAACCCUAUUUAAGAAUCUCAUCGCACACGAUGGCCUACCACGAGAACUAUAUUCUCCGCGUCACCGCUGGGCAUUCCUACAAUCCGAAGACACACCAGGAUGUCCAUGUGAAUAGCGAGAAGCCUGUAAACAUAUCUUCCGAUCAUAUCGACGCGCAAAUACAUAUCCGAAUAAAGGACUACAGAGGUCUUCCCCCCAAAUCCCCCUCGUCGUCCCCCUACUUUUACACGCCCCAACAUCCCUACGACCGCUACUCAAUAUCCUUCUCCUUCACUCCCAAAUCUCAUAUCUCGGGCCACCACCUCGUCUUCGGCAACGAUUUCGACCACCCGAUCCGCGACCGCUUGCCUCCACUCUUUGACAAAGCCUUUGGCAUCGUCAAAUGGUGGAUCGAUCCCGGUCUCGACGGCGACGUAUACGGCGAUGAACCAUACCUGUACGGGGCGUUAUUAAGCAGCAUCAACGUUCUGCGCAUUGGAAGCAAAACACCGUUAUCGCCCUCACUUUCGUCUUCCUCCGAUGGGGACGGCGAGGAUGAGGAAGCAGAUGUCGAGGUCUACGAGGAAGGCGCUGAAGGUGACGGGAAUGAUGUACGAGAAGAACACAGCAUACCACUAGACGCACGCCAACGCCAAAAACACUUCCUAUCCGAGGACCGAAGAAAGCAGUUUCGGUUCGAGGCGGGCAGGGAAUACAAAUGCGAUUUCUUUAACCCGUAUCUGGAUUUCAAUGAAUUUGCAUUGAAGCUGGGGUAUGGGCUUCCUGCAAUCUCGAUUGUGAGUCAUUGGGAUGGCCAGCCUUUACGCACACAUUCCCUCAGAUAUGUCCUUAAGAAUCGAGAAUCAGAUACCGAGCUCUUUGUCAUAGUAUUCCAACUGGUCCCGACGAAAGAAGCGAGGCGGAAGGAUGGCGUGCAGUGCCCGGAAGAGCAGUUUGAGAUGGUGCAUGGAACAGAGGGCAAAGUGGGUGCCGUGGGAGAGGAUGACGAUGAGCUGGACUGAGAGGGGCACAUGUCUAUGUAUAUGGAUGUAGGCGUUUGGGUGUCGUAAGCAUCGUCUGGGUUCGGAAAUGUAGCAUCACAUUUAGGGAGGUAACUUUGACAAGUAUACAUUCCGAAAU